UACAAACAGGGAAAUGGAGAGUCAAUGACAAGCUGCCGGGUGUUGGUGUGUCCGAUACGGUGAAAGGAGGUUUUAUCACCUGUAUUACAGAAAGCUUUGCAUCAUGGCCAGGUAGCUGUUUGCAGGGAUGGCAUUUUUCAGGCAGCUAUUCCUCCUGCUCUGGAAGAACAUCACAUACCGCAGGAGGAAUAAGAUCCAGCUGAUCAUCGAGCUCCUCUGGCCGCUCUUCCUCUUCGUCAUCCUCAUUUCUGUUCGUCAUUCACACCCUCCUUACAAACAGAGCCAAUGUCACUUUCCAAACAAAGCCUUGCCAUCAGCCGGCACCUUACCUUGGGUUCAGGGCAUAAUCUGCAACAUCAACAACCCCUGCUUCCACAGCCCAACUCCAGGGGAGACAGCGGGCCAAGUUGGCAACUUUGACAACUCCAUACUGUCUCGUCUUUUCAUCGAUGCCCAGACUGUUCUGUCCUACAGUGGAAACCGGAGCUUCUCUGGCUUUCAGGACCUAAUGGAGAGCGUCCGAAGGCUGGGAGAGAGACCUGGAGCCUGGCCAAAUCUCCCAGUAGAGGAAUACCUGAGAGCCAAUGAGACGUUCUCCACCUUCCUCCUGACCAAUGGCAGCCUGUCGCCUACCACUGUGAACCAGCUGCUGAAGGCUCGUCUCAAUUUUCAGGUUACUCUAGCUGGAGCUCAGCUGCAGCUGAAGGACUUGGUGUGUAAUGCAAGCAUGUUGAGACAAUAUCUGAUGGUGAAAGACGAAGCCACCAUGAAUGAUCUUCAGACUGAGCUGUGUAACCUGCCAGCUGACAUUCUGCAGGAGGCUGAGCGUCUUUUUCUCACUCAGCUCGACUUCACCAAGUUCUUCACCAGAGACCGUCUGAUAGCGAACGCUGGGGACCUCAGGGUCAUCAGUCAGGCCGUCACCUCUGUUUCCCAGGAGCUUGCUGUCCUCAUUGAUGAUUUCUCAUCUCUCUCCAGCUUUGCGGAGAUGAGUGCAGCUCUUCGUCUCCUGUCUCCGGAGAAUCGCACAGCGCUGCCAAGGGAGAGCUUUCGGGCUUUUUCCAGGAUCAUGUGCGGUCACCCUGAGGUUGGCGGUGAGCGCAUCCCAUCACUCAACUGGUAUGAAGACAAUGACAUCAAGUCGUUUUUAGGAAAAAAUGGUGCUGAAGACACAGACCUGGAUCAGGACAUCAACACCACUCCAUUCUGUAAAAGUUUGAUCCACGGUCUGGAGUCCAACCCCCUGUCUCGCAUUGUGUGGCGAGGAAUCAAACCACUGUUCAUUGGAAAACUGCUGUACACACCUGACACUCCUGCGGUACAACACAUCAUGAAAGAGGUGAACAAGACAUUUGAAGACCUUAAGAUCCUCCAGGAGCUGAAUGCAGCGUGGAUGGAGGUCGGACCUUGGAUCAAGAAUUACAUGGAAAGCAGUGUGGAGAUUCAGAUGCUGCAGGAUUUGUUGAGGCGGCCAGAGGUAGCAGUUCUGGUCAACCUGCGACUGGAGAACACGUCCUGGACAGCAUCGAGGAUCGCACGGUUCCUUUCCACUCCCACUCCAGACACCCCGAGGAAACCUGGAGCUCCACCUACCUGGCUGGAUGUCUACAACGACCUCAGCCACACCAUCACCACCCUCGCAGAAGUCACUGAGUGUUUCUCCUUGAACAAGCUAGAAGGGUUGGACACCGAGGGUCAGAUGAUCAACAGGGCUUUGGAGCUACUGGAGGACAGACAGUUUUGGGCAGGUGUGGUUUUCCUGCUGCCCAACUCCUCAUCCCCUGAUCUGCCACCCCACGUCACCUACAAAAUCCGAAUGGACAUCGAUGAUGUGACAAGGACCAACAAGAUCAAGGACAGGUUUUGGGAUCCUGGUCCAGCAGCUGAUCCGUUUAAUGACAUGCGCUACAUUUGGGGUGGCUUCGCGUACGUGCAGGACCUGGUGGAGAGAGCUGUGAGCCGCGUCCUGACCGGAGUUCAGCAGACAACCGGCAUCUACAUCCAGCAGAUGCCCUACCCCUGCUAUGUGGAUGAUGUUUUCCUUCGAGUGCUGAACAGAUCUCUGCCACUCUUCAUGACGCUUGCCUGGAUCUACUCUGUGGCCAUGAUCAUCAAAGGUGUGGUGUACGAGAAGGAGGCACGGCUGAAGGAAACCAUGAGGAUUAUGGGUCUUGGAACAGGGACACUGUGGCUCAGCUGGUUCAUCAGCAGCCUGGUUCCUUUCCUGGUCUCUGCUGGACUCCUUAUAGCUCUGCUCAAGUGGGGCGACAUCCUUCCAUACAGUGACCCGUCUGUAGUGUUUUUCUUCCUGACUGCGUUUGCCACGGCCACCAUCAUGCAAUGUUUCCUCAUCAGCACCUUCUUCUCUAAAGCCAACCUGGCUGCUGCAUGUGGAGGACUUAUAUACUUUGGCCUCUAUCUGCCUUAUGUACUAUGUGUGGCCUGGAGAGACCGCCUCAACACCACCUACCGAGUCCUCGCGAGUUUCCUGUCACCUGUGGCCUUCGGCUUCGGCUGUGAGUAUUUCUCUCAGUAUGAAGAGCAAGGUGUGGGCAUCCAGUGGCACAACCUCCACUCAAGCCCUGUGGAAGGAGACUCCUACAGCUUCACUACCUCUAUAGUCAUGCUUUAUGUUGACGCCUUCAUCUAUGCCACCUUGGCCUGGUACAUCGAAGCAGUGUUUCCUGGUGAAUAUGGGAUCCCGAGGCCCUGGUACUUCAUCUUCCAGGUCAACUACUGGGGUGGAGUCCCUUUGGAGGCAGGCAUGCCGAUCCCCGCUGCACCAACAGAGGAGGAUGAAGAUCACAUUGAACCAGAACCCACUGAUCUGACGCUGGGUGUGAGCAUCAGAAACUUGGUGAAAAUCUACAAGAAGGGAGCGAAACUGGCCGUCAAUCACCUCAACAUAAAGUUCUACGAGGGCCAGAUCACCUCUUUUCUUGGGCACAACGGAGCUGGCAAAACCACCACCAUAUCUGUCCUUACUGGCCUGUUCCCACCCACCUCGGGCACUGUGUACAUCAAAGGAAUGGACAUCCGCCAUGACAUGGACCUCAUCCGGAGAACGCUUGGAGUUUGUCCACAACACAACGUCUUGUUUGACAUACUAACAGUGGAGGAGCAUGUAUGGUUUUAUGGGUGUCUGAAGGGUUUGACUGAAGCAGAAGUGAAAGCUGAGCUGGAUACUCUCCUGAGCGACGUCGGCCUGCUGCACAAAAGACAUGAACAAACUAAAAACCUCUCUGGUGGCAUGCAGAGGAAGCUAUCUGUGGCGAUAGCGUUUGUUGGAGGCUCGAAGGUGGUUGUUCUGGAUGAACCUACAGCCGGGGUUGAUCCUUACUCCCGCAGAGGGAUCUGGGAUCUGCUGCUCAAAUACCGUAAAGACCGGACAAUCAUCCUGUCUACCCACUACAUGGAUGAGGCAGAGCUGCUUGGUGACCGGAUUGCCAUCAUCUCCCAGGGAAAGCUGUGUUGCUGUGGCUCACCGCUCUUCCUGAAAUCCCGCCUCGGAUCUGGCUACUACCUCACUGUGGUGAAGAGAGAGGGACUGGACACCAGCACUCCCAGCAGUACCAGUAUCUGCACUGGUACUACCAGUACCAGCACCAGCAUCAACAAGAUGCCUCCUCUCAAGGACAGUGAAUCAUCCAUGAGUGAAGACACUGGACUGGGAAGUGAAGAGACCAGCUCAUACGUGGCAGCAUUGCUUGCCCUGACACAGCACCACAUCCCAGGUGCGAGGCUGAUGGAGGAGUCAGGGCGUGAGGCAGUGCUCAACCUGCCGCAGGCUGCUGCAAAGGACAGCAGCUUGGCCGUCUUCCUGUCUGACCUGGAUCAGAGGCUGCCCGAGCUGGGCAUUAGCAGCUACGGCCUGUCAGACAGCACACUGGAGGAGAUCUUUUUGCGAGUGGCAGAGGAAACCGGCGUGGAUGCUGAACCAGAGUGGCAGGCCGAAUCUCCAAACAGGCAGCAGCCACCAGCUGGGCAGAGGGUGGAGAGACAAGAAGAACCAGAAACAGGAAGGAAAAGGCUUCGUAAACAAGAGCCUCAAGAGACAGACCUGCUGAGUGGUGGGGGCCAGGGUUGGGUCCCCAUGACUGACUGGUGGCUGACCUGGCAGCAGCUGAGGGCUCUUUUCAUCAAACGCUGGCUAUAUGCGCGACGGAGCCGCAGGGGCUUCUUUGCUCAGAUCGUCCUGCCUGCUGUGUUCGUGCUUGUCGCUCUGCUCUUCAGCCUCAUCGUGCCUCCAUUUGGGAAAUAUCCUGCCCUGCAGCUGCAGCCGUGGAUGUAUGGAGACCAGUUCACCUUCUUUAGCAAUGAUGCACCUGGGAAUCCCGCCAUGGAAAACCUUCUUGAAGCUCUGCUGGACAGGCCAGGUUUUGGUACCAAGUGCAUGGAGAAAGAGGAAGAAGACAACAGCAUGAGUCCUCAGUGUAAAGCUGAGCGAGGAGGCUUGUUCAUGCGGCCACAAGUCGAAUUCUCCACCUGGAAAAUGUUCAGCAGAGGCAACUGGAGCAAAGUCAGACCCUCACCUGACUGUCAGUGCAGCACUGAGGACGUCCGCCGGAUGCUGCCCGACUGCCCGCAGGGUGCUGGUGGAAUGCCGCCUCCACAGAUCAAGAGGCUGACUGGAGACAUCCUCCAAAAUCUGACAGGUUAUAACAUUUCCGAUUACCUGGUGAAAACCUACUCUCAGAUCCUCAAGAAAAGCCUAAAAACCAAGAAGUGGGUGAAUGAAUUCAGAUAUGGAGGCUUCUCCCUCGGGGGCAGCGCCACCGAGACUUAUUCUCAGGUCCACCACGUCCAAGACUCAGUCAUGGCGAUCAGGACUCGUUAUCGGGUUCCACAGAACAGUUCACUGGAUCAUCUGCUGGACAGACUGCCAGGAUUUCUAGGAGGACUGAACAGUGAAAACAAUGUUAAGGUGUGGUACAAUAACAAAGGAUGGCAUGCCAUGGUGUCAUUUGUCAACGUGAUGAACAAUGGCCUGCUGAGAUCGAGUCUCCCACCAGGUUCAGAGAGAAGAAAAUAUGGCAUCACUGCCUACAACCACCCGCUCAACCUCACAAAGGAACAACUCACUGAAAUGGCCAUGAUGACCACAUCAGUGGACGUUCUGGUUUCCAUCUGUGUGAUCUUUGCCAUGUCCUUUGUUCCGGCCAGCUUCAUCCUUUUUCUGAUUGAAGAGCGAGUCAGCAAAGCCAAACACCUUCAGUUUGUCAGCGGAGUCAAACCCAUCCUCUACUGGCUGGCCAACUUCACCUGGGACAUGUUGAACUACACUGUCCCGGCCACCAUGGUGGUGCUGAUUUUCAUCGGUUUCCAGCAGCAAUCUUACGUCUCAGAGACCAACCUGCCUGCUCUCAUCCUGCUGCUGCUGCUCUAUGGGUGGUCCAUCACUCCUCUGAUGUACCCAGCAUCCUUUGUGUUCAGCGUUCCCAGCACAGCUUAUGUCGUUCUGACCUCCAUCAACCUCUUCAUCGGCAUCAACGGCAGCAUUGCCACAUUUGUCCUGGAGUUGUUUGUUGACGAGCAUCUGAACGAGGUGAACAGGAUCCUAAAGAAGGUGUUUCUUAUCUUCCCUCAUUUCUGCCUGGGACGAGGACUCAUCGACAUGGCCAAAAACCAGGCCAUGGCAGACGCCUUCCAGAGACUGGGCACAAAGCAGACUCUGGACCCUCUUCAGUGGGACUUUGUAGGAAAAAACCUGUUUGCAAUGGCAGCUGAAGGCGUUAUCUUCUUCAUCUUCACCAUACUGCUGCAGUACAAGUUCUUCCUUCGCUUCAGGCCGUGGUGGGUUGAGCCUGAGAAGCUUCCUCUUGGCCCAGAGGACGAGGACGUCGCCAGAGAGAGAGAGAGGGUCAUAAAUGGAAAAGUCGAAUCAGACAUCCUCACCAUGACCAACCUGAGCAAGGUUUAUAAGGCAGACAGGAAGCCUGCAGUGGAUCGUCUGUGCCUUGGGAUUCCUCGUGGUGAGUGUUUUGGCCUGUUGGGGGUGAAUGGAGCAGGGAAGACCUCCACCUUUCGCAUGUUGACUGGGGACACAGCAAUCACCUAUGGAGAAGCCCUCCUUAAUCACCACAGUGUGCUGACGGAGAUGGAGCGAGUCCACCAGCUGAUGGGUUACUGUCCACAGUUUGACGCCAUCAGCGACCUGCUGACAGGUCGGGAACAUCUGGAGCUGUACGCCCGUCUGCGGGGAGUACCAGAGAAGUCUGUCGGCAAGGUGGCGCAGUGGGGGGUGAAGAAGCUGGGACUGACCCAGUAUGCUGAGCGGGAGGCUGGAGGCUACAGCGGAGGCAACAAGAGAAAACUCUCCACUGCCAUCUCCCUCAUCGGCACUCCGCCUGUUAUAUUCCUGGAUGAGCCCACCACCGGUAUGGACCCAAAAGCCAAAAGGUUUCUGUGGAACUGCAUUCUCAGCGUCACCAAAGAGGGAAGAGCUGUAGUUCUCACCUCCCACAGUAUGGAGGAAUGUGAGGCUCUCUGCACCAGAAUGGCCAUCAUGGUCAAUGGUAGAUUCCAGUGCCUCGGAUCUGUACAGCACCUGAAGAACAGGUUUGGUGAUGGCUACACCAUCAUCCUCCGCCUGACAGACAGUCAAUCAGACCCGGACUCGUGCUCCAUCAGCGCCUAUAUGAAGAAGUCAUUUCCCAGCAUCGAGCUGAAGGAGCGCCACCAGAACGUGCUGCAGUACCAGCUGCCCUCACAUGCCUGCUGCCUGGCUCGUGUCUUUGAUGUGCUGGCCAACAACCACGAAGAGCUCGGCAUCAUCGACUUCUCCGUUUCACAGACCACCCUGGACCAGGUGUUUGUCAACUUUGCAAAGGAACAGACUGAUGACGACGUCCUCACAGAAGUUGUCGUCGGUAACAGACCAACACAGACCAACCAGAUUGCGCUGCCGGUCAGGAUUAACCCUCCCACCAUCCAACCACCACCGCCAGUCACACCCCCUGAGCCGAGCAAGACUCCACAGCAGCAGGGGAAAUCAUCUGACAGCAAACCAAAAGAGGGUCAGUCCAAGAAGGCAAAAGCUAGCAAGGCCAAAUCUAAAGAAGGCAAAUCCAAAGGAGAAAAAAGCAGCAGUACAGCGAUGACCAGAAUACCUCGGCCAGAGGAGGCGAAUCAGGCGAGCAGUAACGGUGAAGUUCAGGGAGAAUCCAGUAAAUCCAGUGGGUCCAAACACAGAGCGGAGAGCUCCAGUAAAGAUCCUUCUGCCCUCUUUAUAGUCGACAGCAACACACAAGACAGUGCACUGUGACCGGGACUGGUGCAACACAAGCUGAAAGCACCAACUAAAGUUAAAAUCUUUUUAUUACUCGCUGAUGUUCAUUUGAAUGUUGCUCACUGUUAGCAGCAUCCUCAAUAUGCAACAUGGAAAAGAUGGACUUUGUUGUUGUUGGUGAAACUGAGGCAUUAGAGGUGAAUUUAUCUGAAGAAAGAAUCAAACAUUAUCGCUUCCUGCAAUGGCUUUGGUGCCUUGUUCACCUGGUUAACAGAUUGGUAGCUUUAUACCCUUUAUGUGGGUUCAUACAUCUUACACUGUGUCUUCUCUUUCUGUAUCAAUACAAUCACUCCAAAGGUUAUGGUUUAUUUUUCCUGAUACAAAAUUAUGCAAAGCUGGAUGUUAAAACAAGAGGUGGUGGUUCCUCAGGGCUCAAUCAUUAGACCCCUCACAAUCUCAUCUUUAUCUUGAAGAAAGCACUUUACAAAAGAAAAUGCUGCAAACACGGCUAACCCGAACCCAACCGUUGUGGAUUAUUAACAUAAGAUGAUUAUUGAUGUAUUUUAUAAAGCAACUGAGAGGUUGUUCUCUGAUCAUCAUCUCUCUUGAGAGAGAGAAGUCAUACUGCAAGUUCAUCGUUCAAUACCUCUUAAAUGUUUAAUGAUUAACUUAAAAAGUGUUAUUGUUUUGUAAAUCAAUACUUUUUUUUGUCUUUUAUCUGUCACAAUGUCUUUUUUUAUUUAUUACAUGUGAUUUGUGAUUGUGUAAGUGUCACUGUCCAAACAGAGGGUAUUACAUAUGAUGAGGACAAACAAACUUUACUUCUAUCUGGUAUUUAUUGGCAGUUAUGGGUUUGGGGUUUUUUUUGUUUUUUGUUUUUUUUUUUUGUUUUUUGUUUUGUUUUGUUUUUUCAUUUGAUGGGAAAUUUACAUUCAGGCUUCCCGCACAGCUCUUGAAAGUUCUGGAAGCCUCAUUUAAAAGAUAUUGCAGUAUUUUUCAAAUAUAUUGAACAAGGCCAGACACACCGGUGUGACUCUACACAGUUCUAGCUGCAGAGUUUCAUUACAGAUUCUUCUACGUCACGCCAAAUACUGACUAGCUCAAACCAUCAGUGGUAGUAUUCAAUCUGAGCAGUAAACACCAGAUGCAACUACAAUGUUUUUGAUAAGUGGAUGGUUUUUUUUGUUUGUUUUAUUUCUUUUUUUUUAUUGUUAUUUUAAGUUAAUUUUUAUUUAUUUUUUUUCCUGUAAAAAAUGACACAGCUGACUGAAUGUCCAAAGCAGGUUUUUACUCCACUGUAAUGUAGUGUGACAUAUUCAAAAGAUUGUUACCAUAGUAACUGUGAGCAUGAGACAAACGUGAAGUAUUGGAAGGGUUUCAUCCCAAAAUACCUACUGAUGUAUUAAAAUAUAAUGUUUAAGAAGGUUAAACUAAAAUCAUACAAAGUCUAAAAUUAUGCUGGAUGAUUAAAAUGGUGGAUGUUUUUGGAAUGUAAGUCUGUUCUGUUGAAUGUACUUUUAUUAUGUUUGAAAAGUUCUACUUGAACAUGAAUUUAUCUAUUAUUAUUGUACAUUAUAUACUGAAAAAAUAUGCUAGUAUAGAAAAAAAGGCUAAAUGUCUGUUGUGAAUGUUUUGUCUCGAAGGAAAAUAAAGCAUUGUUUCCUGUA